CUGCGGCCGGCAAUGGCGGUCGAAUGACGGCCGAAGGCGAGCCGACACGAGCGGCAGCGGACGUACACGAAAAACUGUCAGUCUGCUGCCUUAGUUCGUGUGUUUUACGUAUUUUGUGAAGUUUCUCCACAAUUUUGGGAGAAUUUUAGUGUUUCUCGGUGUAAAAAACCGCCGAAAUGGCGUUCACGGGGGACUCCAAGGCCCCGUUAAGGACCGUGAAAAGGGUACAGUUCGGUAUCCUCAGCCCCGAUGAAAUUCGUCGAAUGUCAGUCACAGAGGGCGGCAUCCGCUAUCCAGAAACGAUGGAAGCAGGCCGCCCCAAACUGGGCGGUCUUAUGGAUCCGCGACAGGGCGUCAUAGACCGACAGUCCAGAUGUCAAACUUGUGCCGGAAAUAUGACGGAUUGUCCCGGUCAUUUUGGCCAUAUCGAACUCGCAAAACCUGUAUUUCAUAUUGGAUACAUCACCAAAAUUAUCAAAAUUUUGAGAUGUGUCUGCUUUUAUUGCAGCAAGCUUCUUGUUAGCCCAACAAACCCGAAAAUAAGAGAAAUAGUCAUAAAAAGCAAAGGUCAGCCUCGUAGGAGAUUGGCUUUUGUCUAUGACCUGUGCAAGGGUAAAAACAUCUGUGAAGGUGGUGACGAAAUGGAUAUCAAAAAAGAGGGUGAUCAACCAGAUCCCAAUAAGAAACAGAGCCAUGGUGGUUGCGGCAGAUACCAGCCAAGCAUUAGGCGGAGUGGUUUGGAUUUGACUGCUGAAUGGAAACAUGUCAAUGAAGAUUCACAAGAAAAGAAAAUUCCCUUGACUGCUGAGAGGGUAUGGGAGAUUUUCAAGCAUAUCACAGACGAAGAAUGUAUCAUACUUGGAAUGGACCCAAAAUACGCCCGGCCAGACUGGAUGAUAGCCACUGUAUUGCCCGUUCCUCCACUUCCUGUACGGCCGGCAGUCGUAAUGAAUGGCUCCGCAAGAAAUCAGGACGAUUUAACUCACAAGUUGGCCGAUAUAAUUAAAAUCAAUGCCGAAUUGGAAAAGAACGAGGCAUCUGGAGCGGCCACGCAUAUCUUAGUUGAAAAUGUUAAAAUGUUGCAGUUUCAUGUGGCCACUUUGGUUGAUAAUGAUAUGCCUGGAUUGCCUAGGGCCAUGCAAAAAUCAGGGAAGCCACUUAAAUCUAUCAAAGCUCGCUUGAAGGGCAAAGAAGGUAGGAUUCGUGGCAAUCUUAUGGGUAAACGUGUGGACUUUUCAGCACGUACUGUAAUCACUCCUGAUCCUAAUCUACGUAUUGACCAAGUAGGCGUUCCGAGAAGUAUUGCCCAGAACAUGACAUUUCCAGAAAUCGUAACACCUUUUAACUUUGAGAAAAUGUUAGAACUUGUCCAGCGAGGCCAUUCUCAAUACCCUGGAGCCAAAUAUAUUAUACGUGACAAUGGUGAAAGAAUUGACUUAAGGUAUCAUCCCAAGUCUUCAGAUCUCCAUCUGCAGUGUGGCUAUAAGGUGGAACGUCACAUCAGGGACGGGGACUUGGUCAUUUUCAAUCGUCAACCCACUCUACAUAAAAUGAGUAUGAUGGGUCACAGGGUCAAAGUUUUACCCUGGUCAACUUUCCGGAUGAACCUUUCAUGUACCUCGCCCUAUAACGCCGAUUUUGACGGUGAUGAAAUGAAUUUACACGUGGCUCAAAGUAUGGAAACCAGAGCUGAGCUAGAAAAUCUCCACAUUACUCCGCGACAAAUUAUCACUCCUCAGUGUAAUAAACCUGUCAUGGGUAUUGUACAGGAUACCCUCUGUGCUGUCCGUAAGAUGACCAAAAGAGAUGUGUUUAUCGAAAAAGAACAAAUCAUGAACUUGCUUAUGUUUCUGCCUAUUUGGGAUGGCAAAAUGCCUCGUCCGGCUAUUUUAAAACCAAAACCUUUAUGGACCGGCAAGCAACUUUUCUCUCUUAUUAUCCCAGGAAAUGUCAAUAUGAUUAGGACCCACUCUACUCAUCCCGACGAUGAAGAUGACGGUCCUUAUAAGUGGAUAUCCCCAGGAGACACCAAAGUCAUGGUAGAAAAUGGAGAGCUUAUCAUGGGCAUUUUAUGCAAAAACUCCCUGGGAGCCUCUGGUGGAUCUCUUCUACACAUCUGCUUCCUCGAACUAGGUCAUGAAGUGUGUGGACGUUUCUACGGUAACAUUCAAACUGUAAUUAACAACUGGCUGUUGCUGGAAGGUCACAGUAUCGGUAUUGGAGACACUAUUGCCGAUCCAAUGACAUAUUUGGAGAUUCAGAAAGCAAUUAAAAAGGCCAAAGAGGAUGUAAUAGAAGUCAUUCAAAAAGCGCACAAUAUGGAAUUGGAACCGACUCCUGGUAACACUUUGCGUCAAACUUUCGAAAAUCAAGUAAACAGAAUUUUGAACGACGCUCGUGACAAAACUGGUGGUUCGGCUAAGAAAUCUCUAACUGAAUACAAUAAUUUAAAGGCUAUGGUGGUGUCAGGAUCCAAAGGAUCCAACAUUAAUAUUUCUCAGGUUAUUGCUUGUGUGGGACAACAAAACGUUGAAGGUAAACGUAUCCCAUUUGGCUUCAGGAAAAGAAGUUUGCCCCACUUCAUCAAAGACGAUUAUGGUCCUGAAUCUAAGGGAUUUGUAGAGAACUCUUAUCUUGCCGGUUUGACCCCUUCCGAGUUUUAUUUCCACGCUAUGGGAGGUCGUGAAGGUCUUAUCGAUACUGCCGUAAAGACUGCCGAAACUGGUUAUAUCCAGCGUCGUCUUAUAAAAGCUAUGGAGUCUGUAAUGGUAAACUACGAUGGAACCGUAAGGAACUCUGUCGGACAACUUAUUCAGUUGCGUUAUGGUGAGGACGGAUUGUGCGGAGAGAUGGUAGAGUUCCAGAAUCUACCAACUGUCAAACUCAGCAACAAGUCCUUUGAAAAGAAAUACAGAUUUGAUCCGAGCAAUGAAAGAUAUUUGAGAAAAGUUUUCAAUGAGGAUAUUAUCAAGGAAAUCAUGAGCUCUGGCGAUGUUAUCGCUGAACUCGAAAAGGAAUGGGAGCAGCUACAAAAAGACCGAGAAGCCCUCCGUCAGAUCUUCCCUGGUGGAAACUCAAGAGUGGUACUACCAUGUAACUUACAAAGAAUGAUCUGGAACGUGCAGAAGAUCUUCCACAUAAACAAAAAGUCUACAACUGACUUAUCACCCCUCCGGGUCAUCCAAGGAGUUAGAGAACUGCUUGGAAAAUGCGUCAUAGUAGUUGGUGAAGAUAGAAUUUCCAUACAAGCCAACGAAAACGCCACCUUGCUGUUCCAGUGCUUGGUACGAUCGACGCUUUGCUCAAAAUUAGUAUCCGAAUCAUACAGACUAACCACAGAAGCGUUUGAAUGGUUGCUUGGAGAAAUCGAAACUCGUUUCCAACAGGCUAUGGCCAAUCCUGGUGAGAUGGUAGGCGCUUUGGCCGCCCAAUCUCUUGGAGAACCUGCUACUCAGAUGACACUCAACACUUUCCAUUUUGCUGGUGUGUCUUCGAAGAACGUAACCCUUGGUGUACCUCGACUUAAGGAAAUUAUUAACGUGUCGAAGCGCCCCAAGGCUCCUUCUCUAACGGUAUUUUUGACUGGUGCAGCUGCAAGAGAUGCUGAAAAAGCGAAAAACGUCCUGUGCCGCUUGGAACACACGACUUUAAGAAAAGUGACCGCUAAUACGGCCAUCUAUUAUGACCCAGACCCUCAAAAUACUGUAAUCCCAGAAGAUCAGGACUUUGUUAAUGUUUACUAUGAAAUGCCCGACUUUGAUCCCACAAGGAUUUCGCCAUGGUUGCUACGUAUAGAACUAGACAGGAAACGUAUGGUGGAUAAGAAACUUACUAUGGAACAGAUCGCCGAAAAAAUCAAUGCUGGAUUUGGAGACGAUCUGAAUUGUAUUUUCAAUGACGACAAUGCUGAUAAACUGGUCUUGCGUAUCAGAAUUAUGAACGGUGAUGACGGCAAGUUUGGCGAGGGAGAAGAAGAUGUGGACAAGAUGGACGACGAUAUGUUCUUAAGGUGUAUCGAAUCCAACAUGCUUAGCGAUAUGACCUUACAAGGAAUCGAAGCUAUCACUAAAGUGUACAUGCACUUGCCUCAAACUGAUUUAAAGAAACGAAUUAUCAUUACUGACACUGGAGAGUUCAAAGCUAUUGCCGAAUGGUUGUUGGAAACUGACGGUACUAGUAUGAUGAGGGUUCUUUCUGAACGAGAUGUGGACGCUGUAAGAACCGCCUCCAACGAUAUUUGCGAAAUUUUCUCUGUGCUCGGAAUCGAAGCUGUCCGUAAAUCUGUAGAAAAAGAAAUGAAUGCUGUACUGCAGUUCUACGGCCUGUACGUAAACUAUCGACACUUGGCCUUGCUUUGUGACGUAAUGACAGCAAAAGGUCACUUGAUGGCCAUUACACGUCACGGUAUUAACAGGCAAGAUACAGGCGCGCUUAUGAGAUGCUCCUUCGAGGAAACCGUCGAUGUACUUAUGGAUGCUGCGGCCCACGCAGAAGUAGAUCCUAUGAGAGGCGUGUCUGAGAAUAUUAUUCUCGGACAGUUGCCCAGAAUGGGUACUGGUUCGUUCGAUUUAUUGUUGGACGCAGAGAAAUGUAAGAUGGGCAUGCCCAUUCCGCAAGCGCAAGGUGGAGAAGCGACUUCCGGGAUGUUCUUCGGUUCUGCGGCGACACCAAGUAUGAGUCCCGGUGGCGCUAUGACUCCCUGGAAUCAGGGAGCUACGCCGUUUGUUGGCAGUGCUAGCGCAUGGUCUCCACACAAUCUCAUGGGCAGUGGAAUGACUCCUGGAGGUCCGUCUUUCUCUCCGUCUGCCGCUUCGGAUGCCUCAGGGAUGUCACCCGGUUAUGGUGCUUGGUCUCCUACCCCUCACUCGCCCGCUAUGUCGACUUUCGGUCAAUCGCCUGGAUACUGUCCAUCUAGUCCGGCUUUCAUACCCACUUCGCCAUCUAUGACACCUACUUCUCCUGUUUACUCGCCCACCUCGCCAGGAUAUGCUCCCACUAGUCCCGGUUAUGGGCCUAGUAGUCCUGGUUAUUCGCCUACCAGUCCGCAUUAUUCACCUACGUCACCCUCGUAUUCUCCAGCGAGUCCUAGAUAUUUGCCUACGAGUCCUAGUUAUUCACCUACGAGCCCUAGUUAUUCACCGACUUCUCCGUCGUACAGUCCGACUUCGCCUAGUUACUCUCCGACUUCGCCCUCGUACAGUCCGACAUCACCAAGUUAUUCGCCAACGAGUCCAAGUUAUUCACCGACUAGUCCGAGUUAUUCACCUACUAGUCCUAGUUACUCGCCAACUAGCCCAAGUUAUUCUCCAACAUCGCCAUCUUACAGUCCAACGUCACCCAGCUACUCACCCACGUCUCCGUCUUACAGUCCAACUUCUCCAAGCUAUUCUCCAACUUCGCCUUCUUACAGUCCGACUUCUCCGAGCUAUUCUCCCACUUCUCCGAGUUAUUCUCCGACUUCUCCCAGUUACGCACCCUCUUCUCCAAGAUACACGCCGACUUCCCCGAGCACUUAUUCACCUUCUUCGCCAAGAUAUUCUCCUUCGUCUCCCCAAUAUUCCCCAACAUCUCCCAGCUAUUCUCCAACAAGUCCCAGCUAUUCACCAGCUUCUCCAAAUUAUUCUCCUGCUUCUCCCAGUUAUUCACCGUCCUCUCCGCAGUAUUCGCCGGCUUCUCCUAACUACUCACCUACGAGCCCGAACUAUUCGCCUAGCAGCCCUCAACAUACGCCUGGCAGCUCGAAAUAUUCUCCUUCAUCUCCGAAUUAUUCCCCAACGUCUCCUCAAUAUUCACCGCAGAGUACCAAGUAUUCUCCAACGUCUCCUACCUAUACACCUACGAGUCCUAGUUAUUCUCCAGGCUCGCCAUCUUAAGAUGUUGGAAUUUUUUUUUAAUUAGUUGUUUUUUUUUUAGAAUUUAUGACUUAUAAAUAAUUUUCAAUUUGUGGUGAUAAUUUUGGGCAAAUUGUAGCUUUUGUAGCUUUUUUUUUUAAUAAGUUAUGUUAUUAGUUUAUAUUAUAUCCCAAAAGAUAUUUAAAUAAAAGUUAUUGCUUAUGUAAGUAGGAUAGGAUAAGAAUAAAAUUGUAUAGUACCAAAA